UUUUAAUACUAUGUAUGCAGGUUUGAAGAAUUUGGCCCAGUAUUUAAAAAGUUUUUGUGAUAACAAAUAUAAAGAAAAAAAAAGACUUAACUUAUAAAUAACUACGAUCUACAUAUUAUUAUAUUAUUGUAAGCCCAAUAAAGCUUUAUUUGUUCUAACUUGUCAGUUUAAUGUCAAAUCGUACAUUUUUUAAAUUCUGUUGCUAUAAAAUGUGUUCAGCUUUGUGUGAAUUCAGUUAAAUAUUUGUGAAAAAUGGCCACUAUAUACGUUUUUUUAUGACUGGUUUUAUUAUAUUAUACAGCGGCCUUUUAAAUUUAAAGAAUUUCGCAUGGUACGAAAUUCAAUAAAUAACUUUCACCGAGUGACCAUAAAAAUUAUUUUUGGAAACCCGUGUCCUGUAUAGCGUAAUAGUCUAAAUUAUUAUACGACCUUUUUGUCGGGCUUAUGUACAUUUUUUUUUUUUUAUUAUUAAGUAAUCAUAUUAUUUAAUUAUUAGAUAUUAUGAUACAAAACGUUAAACCACGCUUAGUUUUAUCACAAUUAAUUCUGGUAAGAUAUGCUGGAAAUGUAUGAAAUCGAAAUGUUUGUGUCUAUUGUGAAGAGUGGUGUCGUUUUGUCUUUGGCAAUAUAAUUUCGAAAGGGUAACCGGCUAUAUACGGGAUACCUGCUUUUAAAUUUAGGUAUUCUACCUAUACAGAUAAAUAUUGUGGGGUUUGUCAAAUUGUUGUUUUACCAAUACUUUAUUUUUAGCGCGUGUGUAAAUAUUUCUUAACACUUGUAAAUUAGACUUAUUGAAUUAAUGGGACUCAAAUUAUAACUUUAAAUUUGUGCAUUAUGGAUAAUUUAUUGAUUUUAAUCAGAUUUUAUAAACAAUUAUUAAUCCAGAAGCGUACAUUUUUUUUCGAAAAAAAAUUGUAGAGGAAUUCCAUUUCUUUGCAUCCGUUUAAAGUACUAUCUGUACAAAAUUGAUUAAUGAUCUUUGGAUGGCGGUACGUUCAGUAUAUUUUAUGGGUGAACAAUUUUGAAAUUCCUUCUGUGCCACCCAAACUCUGGAAUUUAUAUUAAGUAUUGGCUCGACUGUCGCGUGACUUCUGACAUUUCUUUACAACCACGGGAAUGCAACACGUAUAGCAAAAUUCAACUUCAAAAGUUUAUGUGGGUCAAACUGAUGUGUUUUACCAAAUGCAGUCGUGUAGACAAGAUGGUUGUUUAAACCCGGGGGGGGGGGGUAGAUUAUAAAAAAGUCCAAGGAGGGUCCUUUUUUAAUACUUAGACAAAAUGUAUGCCUCUUCCAAAGACGAAUGUAUUUAUUUUUUUAUUUUUGAAAAUCGGGGGGACUACAUUUGUGUGUAUAGCUUAAUGUUUGGUGUAGGUAAAUCGGACACACGAUUUUUGUACAAUUUCGUUGGCAAUCAGUUGUGUAGUUAAAACGCGUAAACGGUAAACUUGAGGGGUGUGUUGUGUGUACUUAGUAUUAACAUUUAAAUUGUGUAAGUGCAUAACAUAUAUAUUAUGAGCAACAGCAACCCGUGUAACCACGCCCUUUGAAUACAUGACUGCGUUUUCAAUCCAUCAUUAGCGGUCGGCGCCAGUAAAGUAUUAAUGAACGUGCUCGUUCGAGCGUGCCAAACUCAAUCGAACUUUCGAUUAAAAAAAAAGUUUACUUUAAGGUACAUUUUGUUGAAGUAAUUUCUUUACGUUCUCGUACGGGUCUUAAAGUAUGGCUCAAUUCGAGUUAUCAUCAACAUUAGCUGUGGGUGUGUUUAGGAUCUACACGGCUCUCGCAUAUUAAUUUAUUACUCGAAGAACUAUAACCCUUAGAAUAUAAUAUUUCGUCUGUAUAGCGAUUACAGAAAUACUAGACUUCUUGAAUAUACUUGUAUUUUUUUAUUAUUGGGGUUAAUUUAUAAGGAGGCGGCAGCGGUUUUAUAUCAUUUUUUUUUUAUACAAAAGUACUAAGAACUGUUCUGUAUGUAUUGUGUUGCCGUUGUAAUGAAAACGCGUAUUGGCGUUAUUUUAUUUAUUAAUCGUGUCGCCAUUGUAGGAAUUGAACAGGGUGAAUAAUAAAUGUAUACGUAUAAAAUUGAUAAUAUAUUUUUAUUUUAUUAUUGGGUACUUGUAAAUAAAGAAGUCAUAUGUUCCUUAUCUAAAGUCCAACCUUUACAAAGCACCACUCGUUUAAACUCGCUGCAUACGAGUUGUCAUGGUAACCGAUGGUUUUUACGGUGCAGAUCAAUACUAUAACUCCACACUUCUCACUACUACCCUUUAUUGCUUCAUGCAGUUCUUACGUUGUUUACUACUAUAUUUACGCAUAUCUUGUUGAAUAUGUUUUUUUUUUAUUGCAAUAUUUCUAGCGUGUAGUUUACCAUUACAUUUAAAUUGCGUCGCACGCGUUGCUUUAAAAUUAAUAAUCACGCCGGAAAACGUCGCUAAAACGAUUUUCUCUUUGGUGUUAUAAUAUAAUAUAUUAUACGAAUAUUUACUUCCCCUCUCGAGAUUUCCGUUUUUAAUAUAAAAUGCACAGUUUUGGAUUGCAAUCGGCCUUGGCCAUACGACGUCAGCGAAAACGACGUGCUGAACUCAAACGACAUAUGGAAAGACGCCGUUUGAGUUCUCAGUCGGUAGAAAGCGGCAUUCAUGAUUCCAAGUCUACAGUCAAUAGUCCUACAGAUUAUAAUGGAAGUUUCUCGCAAAACCGAAGAAGUAGUAGAAAGAAGCCACCUAAAAUGCUCGACACUAAAGUCGCUUCCAGUAUUGGCAUGCUACAUGUUGGUGUUGUAUUUUUAGUACUUGGUCUCUUUUUGAUAGGCUCCGGUAUCGUACCGGACGACUAUGUUUCAUGGAAUCCAAAAAAUUGGCUGAAUGAACUUGUUGUGACUGGUGUUACCUCUUGUAUAAUUGGUUUAUUUUUAAUCACGUUAAAUCAUUUCAUCUAUCGCAAAGCAGAAGAUGAUUUGGCUGCAUAUGUAGAACGACAAUUAACAAGGACACGAUCGGGUAGAAGACUAGUUGCUGAUGCUGAGACAGGAGCUAUGCAUACUAAACAACAACAAAGAGCAAGACAACAAGGGCAGAUUUCAGAGGACAAUUCUCCAGGGUCUGACCUAGGGCAGAUCGUUGAAGAAGAAGCAUCAUGCUCCAAUUAUACACCUAUUAACCAGCACGAGGAUUCAAUGAUGGACAGACCUAAUUCAAACAGAAUGAAUUAUGAACAAAACAGGGAUUUGAUGACAUCACGAUGUUACGACACUACAGAAACGUAGUCAUUUCUAAUUUUUAAUACAAUUUUAUUAACUAUUAAUGUAUACUUCAAAAAUAUAUUAAUACAAUUUCAAUAAAUGAAAUUAACUCACAUUUAAAGCAUAAUUUUUAAAUUUUAACUUAAUUUACUUAUAUCUAUGUAAUACAUAUAUUAUUCUUGUUCAUGAAUACAAUUAGAAAAUAUUAGUAUCUUGAAUUACUAUAGGACAAAUUUAUAUUUUGUACUGGUGAUUUGUUAUUUUUAUACUAAUAAUCUAUUCAUUUUUAUAAAUUAUUUUCUAUUAUAACUAUUAAAGCACGCAAAUCUCUGAGCUGUACAAAAUUAAAUUUAUGUUUAAUACAUCAUUAGCUCAUUUUACGAUCUAUAUUCUUCUUAUUACUUUACUAAUUUCUUAUUACUUUUUGAAAUUUGAUAUAAUUUUAUAUAUAGAUGACCCCAAAAUGAUUUACUUAAUAAUAGUGCCAUAAUUUCAUUUAUUAUAUAAAAAAAUGUACAUCUGAUUAUUUUUUAGUUUUUUUGUUAUUAUCAUUAUUACUAUUAUUAAUAUUAUUGUUAUAAUUAUUGUUUCUAUUAUUGUUUAGACGCAUUUAUAGUAUUAUCAUUUUAAGUAUCAUAAAUAAUACUACAUUUAACUCUAAAAUUUGUAGAAGAAUGUAAUAUCUAUUACAAAUUUGGUGUGAAAAUUCUUUUGGAAGACUGAAAAAAUAAACUUAUGUAAUAUUAUGUUUAGUUUAAACAGAAUAUUUGCAAUCAUGAAACAUAACAUUUCUUGCUCAACAAAACAAAACUAAACAUUUUACUACGGGGAUCAAUGAUAACCAUUUUAAAGUUUAUUAUGUUUUUCUAAAUUAUACUUUGACUUUAGGCAAAAUAACAAUUGUGCAUUAUUUCUAUACUUUAAAAUUACUUUUAAUGUCCAAUUAUGUUUCAAUACCUGCCUUGCCGUGUUCAUGAAUACCAUAUGGAUUUAAUUUAAAUUUUCUUGAUCUACAAAGUUAAUACUUGCACUGUGAUUUUUUGUCUUUUAUACCUAAGUUAAUAAAUAAUUAAAAU